GGAAAAGCGACCAUUUUACACCAAAUGAAACCGUUAGGAUAAAAUAAAACUACAAAAUGAAGGAGAAGACAUUAGAUAAGGAUACCAUUGUAGCCUAUCACAGCUUCGUUCAACAGAGAAUAAGGAGUGAUUUAAAUGGGUUGGGGAUAGGACACGCGUGGCUUCCUUGUCGAUUGGCAAUUCUGUUUGCCAUUUUAUCAGCUGCCAGUUUGAUCACAGGUCUUUUAAUCAUCGUGUUAAGACAUCGUCAUGUUUACCUCAUAGAUUGGUGGGCACAAUUUACUGGUCCUGCAUUUAUCAUAGCAUUCCUUAUCCUGGCCUCCAUUGCUACAUACCUUUUGGUCAUCGCUAAACGUAGAUCCAACUUGUAUCGUAGAGAAUUAUUUUUCCGCCCAAUUGGGGAUUUUGGUGUAGCUGUGGUUCAUAAGAGUAAUCUACAAUUUGAACAAGAGCAAAAACCAGAAUUAAAAUCUGGAACUACCCCCCAUCGUGGAGUUAUGCCAAAUUCGGCUGCGUAUUCAGAAAGGAGGCAGCGUGAAGGUCAUGAGAACAGAGCUUACAGGGAAGACAGAGAUAGACGUAGAGAUGAUAGAGAUAGGAGAGAAAGGCGUCCUGAUGGUGAGCGAAGACACAGAGAUGACCGUGAAAGAAGACCCGAUGAAAGGGAAAGAAGACCAAGAGAUGACCGUGAUAGACGUCCUGAUGACAGAGAAAGACGACCAAGAGAUGAUAGAGAAAGGAGGCCAAGAGAUGGAAGACGUGAACGUGAUCCAAAAGAAGAAGAACGGCGUAGAGAUGCGAGAAAAGAGCUCGAGGCAAUGGGUGAAAUGGAUCCGAGGGAGAGGGAGUAUCGAGAAAGAAAAGAUAGAGAAAAAAGGGAAAGGGAGCGUUCUGAAGGUAGACAUUCAAAGCCUGAAGGUCCUCAAGGACAAUCAAGUCCAAGAACUGAUGCUCCAAGUCAAGAAGGACGCAGAGCAGGUAGAGGUGCUCCUAAAUUACCAGCAGAUGCCAGUGGAUUUGUUCCUCCGGACAGAAUUGUGUUAGAUGCUGAUUUUGGACAGUCUGCAGGAUACAUGGAAACAUCCUCCCGUGCAUCAGAAUCUGAUUUGUAAUUAUCUUGUGCCAUUUUCAUUGAACAUUCUUUUAUCAUAUUAUCAUGCUUAGCCACCCAUCCUAAACCCAAGUGCAAAUGUCAAGCUUUAGUUUUACCAAUAGCAAGCUAAUGGAACUUAGUGAAGAGAUUAUUUGAAAUCAUUUUCCAAAUCUGUCAUUCAAGAUUCAGUUAAUAGAAAAUAGAGACAAGGGGAUCACCAUGGUUUGAAACUUUGUCCAUCUUGUUUACAAUCUGGUGAUAACAGAUAAAAAUCAGCUUAUUCUUCUUGCAAAACUUGUGCAAUGUAAUAUUUCAUAAAUUACAUAUAUUACAUUCCAUGGAAAUAAGAAAUUCCUGUGUAGUGUAAGAGGGAUUGUAAAGAUUUUCUAAUUUUUGUGUGCUUCCAAUUGCACCGUUCCAAUAUUCUGCUUGACUAUGUGUGUUCUUUGAUUUUAGCCAAAACUUGACUUCGCUAUUGCAAAAACUCUAUUAUGCUUUCUAUUAAUUUUAUGACAGUUCUUUGACUCUCGCCUAUUUACAAAUUUAUUUAUUGUCGGACAAUUGAUAGACAGGAAUAGUGCCAUUGGAAGCAAGAAGUGUAUUGGAUACACAUACAACAAAUCCUCCAAAAAUCCCUUAAACUAUAAUUAUUAUUCCAUUUUUAUAUGCCUUAUACGCAAUCCAUUCUUUUUUAUCAGUUAUCUUGAAAAGUGUUUUGUACAGGUCAGUUUCACAAUGAGUAGGUAUGAUCCUUUGUAAUGGUAUAAAAUAUAUACACCAAUGACCAAACCAAACAAUAUUUGGUAAUUUUAGUAAAAUCUGUAAAUAAGCCUUCACAUUUUUUUUUUAUAAUUUUACAAUUCAUAUCUUUUAUAUUUUUACUAAUUUUUAAAUGUAUAUUUCCAAUAAUAAAUUUUUAUAUACAAUUCUUGAU